CCUGUCAUUCCGAGUUUUCCUUCACUUACGCUAUAAGCUUAAUUUCUGGCAUUUAUCUAUUGUAAAAUCACAUAUUUUAUAGGAUAAUAAACAAGUGUUAAUUAUGGCUUCUAGUGAGACAUCGGAUCAAAAUGUGAAGUCUCGGCGGCCCGCAGAAUCUGCAUUUAAGCAGCAGCGACUACCUGCUUGGCAGCCCAUACUUACUGCCGGAACUGUACUACCAACGUUUUUCGUGAUUGGGAUUGCAUUUAUUCCAGUUGGGAUUGGGCUUCUAUACUUCUCAGAUGAGGUCAAAGAGCAUGUAAUAGACUACACAUAUUGCAUUAGAGAAGGUGAUGAAAGCAACACAACAUGCGCCACCUAUAUACAAAACAAGACUAUGUCAGAAUGCACAUGUUCAAUCUCCUUCAAUCUCACCGAGGAUUUCAAGGGAGACGUCUAUUUCUACUAUGGGCUUAGCAACUAUUACCAGAAUCAUCGUCGAUAUGUUAAAUCAAGAGACGACAACCAGCUUUUGGGUCGGCUGUCGCUGACGCCGUCUUCGGAUUGCGAGCCCUUCGCGUACGUCACACAGGACCCCAACACUCCCAACGCUAGGAAGAUACCCGUGGCGCCCUGCGGGGCUAUAGCCAACUCCUUGUUCAACGACACGCUGACGGUGUGGUCGGAGGACCUGGGCCGGACCGUGCCCGUGAGCCGCACCGGCAUCGCGUGGGACUCCGACAAGACCAUCAAGUUCCGCAACCCGGCCGGGGACCUCAGGACUGCGUUUGCCAACUUCAGCAAGCCGGCUAACUGGGCCAAGAAUAUCUGGGAGUUGGAUUUGGAAGACGACAACAACAACGGUUUCCAGAACGAGGACCUAAUCGUGUGGAUGCGUACAGCCGCUCUGCCGACGUUCCGCAAGCUGUACCGGCGCGUCAAGCACGACGAGCAGGGCUUCGCCACCGGCCUCGUCAAGGGACUCUAUACUCUCAAAAUCGAUUACAGAUACCCGGUGAUCGAGUUCGACGGGACUAAGUCGUUCGUGAUUUCGACGACGUCCCUACUCGGCGGCAAGAACCCGUUCCUGGGCGUGGCCUACAUCGUGGUGGGCACGCUGUGCCUGCUGCUGGGCAUCGUGCUGCUCGUCAUACACGUGCGGUGCUCCAAGAGGUAA